GCUUUUUUCUUUGUGCGCGUCGGUUGCUUCAUCUUUUUCGUGCCCUUCACGAUGUACAUCCUCGUGGGCAUAGUUGACACUCUGGUUAUCGAGCCCAAGCACUUUGGGUCAGAUAUGAAAGAAAUAAUAGAAGCUGAAUUAAACUCUCGCUUUUCUAAUAAAGUCGUCUUUAAAGUUGGGUUAUUCAUCUCCCUUUGGGACAUACUGAAGAUCGAGGAGAGUUUUAUUUCCCCCUCUGAUGGCUCAUAUAAUACAGUCGUUCAUUUUCGAUUUGUUGUCUUUCGGCCUUUUAUCGAUGAGGUCUUGUUAGGUACCGUCAAAAGUUGCAGUCGCGAGGGGGUAUCAGUAUCACUAUCAUUCUUCGAUGAUAUUCUCAUUCCGGCAGAUAAAAUGAGACAUCCUUCACGAUUCGAUUUUGAUUCUUCAUCGUGGAUAUGGCAAUAUUCUUAUGAAAAUGAGACGGCCGAUUUACCCAUUGAAAAGAAUGAUACAAUAAGGUUUAGAGUUGUGGACGAAAUAUGGACUGAUCCUAAUCCCGACGGAGGCCCCGCUAAUUUGGCUAGACAAAGCUCUGAUUCUGCAAUAAUUUCAGAUGCCUCGGGCAAAAUCGCGCCUUAUACAAUAAUUGCGUCAAUAGUGACUGAUGGCUUGGGACUCACAUGCUGGUGGAUAAAUUAA